UGGGAAAGAGACGAACCGAAGUUUUUAAGGAAGCUAGUAAAUCUAGUUUUAAAAAAACUCAUUGUAGUUGAGUGUAGACUGAGUUUUAUAAAUGAAUGGAAGUGUUAAGGCCUGAUAGAAAAGAAAAUUCUUGUGUUGAAGCUAGAUCUAAUAACCAAAAGCACAGUAUGGCUAUAAGUAAUCAGCAACAACAAUCUGUGGACUACAGAGAACAGGGUGAUGGGGCUCCAGUGUUAGUGAGACAAGAUGAAGCUCCACACACGGCUGACACGACCAAGCCAUUUGUUAUCAAAACAGAGAUAGACCUCAUGCAGCUGUUUCUGACUGUUAUAGCUUUGUUUUCUAGAACCUGGAGACUAGGGGUCCCUAGAGCUGUUGUAUUUGAUGAACUACACUUUGCAAAGUUUGUUUCCUUGUAUUUGAAAAACACAUUUUUCUUCGAUGUUCAUCCCCCCCUUGGGAAGCUACUUCUGGCCUUAGCAGGAAGAUAUGCAGGCUUUGAGGGUGAGAUAAACUUUGAAAGAAUUGGUGCAGAGUUUCCAGCUACAGUUCCAGUGGAGAUGCUGAGGUUAAUUCCAGCAGUCCUUGGUAGCCUGGUAGUCCCUGUUGUCUAUCAGAUCUGUGUAGAAAUAGGCAUGAGCAGAUAUGCUGCAACUGUUGCUGGUGUUCUUAUACUGCUUGACAAUGCGCUGCUGGUACAGUCUAGGUUCAUGUUGAUGGAGGGAAUGCUGAUCUUUUUUUCAACUCUGUCAAUUCUUGCUUAUCUGAAGUUUAGGAAUAAUAGCAGAGAGUUUAGUUUGAUGUGGUGGUUCUGGCUGUCCUUGUGUGGUGUGGCAGCUACCUGUUCUCUCAGCAUCAAGUAUGUGGGAGUUUUUACAUUGAUAUUAGUUCUCAUUAGAAUAAGCAAAGACUACUGGAGCAUGCUGGAUGAUAUCUCCAAAUCUGAUAUAACUUUGGUUAAACAUUUGUUUGGUCGUCUGGUUGCCAUGGUUACCCUACCUGUAUUUUUCUACCUCUGCAUCUUCUACGUCCACCUGAGUAUAUUAAGCAAGGCUGGGCCCCAUGAUAGUAUAAUGACAAGUGCCUUUCAGGCCAGUUUAGAGGGUGGACUGGCAACACUGACCAAGGGCCAGCCACUGAAUGUUGCAUACGGGUCACAGAUCACCUUGCGCCACACAGAGAAUGUUGCGGUUGGUCAACCGUGCUGGCUACACUCCCACGCCCACAUGUAUCCGGUCAAGUACCCCGACAAGAGAGGCAGCUCACACCAACAGCAGGUCACGUGCUACAUUUUUAAGGACAUCAACAAUUGGUGGAUCAUCAAACACCCUGACAGACAAGACCUGAUGGUGGAAGACCCACCAAAACCAGUCAAGCAUGGAGACAUCAUACAACUUGUACAUGGCAUCACUAGCAGAGCUUUGAAUACCCAUGAUGUUGCGGCUCCUGUGACCCCUAACAACCAGGAAGUUUCUUGCUAUGUCAACUACAAUGUGUCUAUGCCAGCCCAGAACUUAUGGAAGUUGGAUAUAGUGAACAGAGAAAGUGAUGAUGAAAUCUGGCAAACCAUUAAAAGUCAGAUUCGUCUUAUUCAUGUGAAUACCUCAACUGCAAUGAAGACAACUGGCAAACAGUUACCAGAGUGGGGCUUCCACCAGCUUGAGGUCACUGCUGACAGAAUGAUCCAGCAGAAGUCAACCAUUUGGAAUGUUGAGGAACAUCGCUACACCACAAGUUCUGAGAAGGAAAAACAGGCAGCAGAACUGCAGCAAGCAGAGUUGAUUCCAUUGAAACCAACUUACCUGUCCUUCUGGGCCAAGUUGUAUGAACUGCAGAUUAAAAUGAUUUUUAGUAAUCAAGAUGCCAAGUUGGAGCACAAGUACAGUUCAGGACCCAAAGAAUGGCCUUUUAUGUCAAGAAACAUUGCAUAUUGGAUGAGUUCUAGCGAUAAUUCUCAGAUUCACCUAAUUGGAAAUAUUGUUGUGUGGCAUUCAGCAACCAUCUCUGUGUUGUUAUACAUCGCUGUCUGGAUAUUUUACCUCUUGCGCAGACAAAGGGCCUUCUUUGAUAUAUCAGAAGCUCAGUGGCAGCACUUCCUCUUCACUGGAGAGCUUUGUGUUGGUGGAUACUUGUUGCAUUACCUCCCCUACUACCUAGAAGAUAGAACACUAUUCCUGCAUCACUAUUUACCAUCUGUUGUCUUCAAGGUCCUCACACUAGCAGCCUUAGGUGAUCAUCUGUAUUCUGUUUUACCAAAAAGCUCCAUGUUCACCUCACUGAUCAAGUAUGGCUCAGUUGUUUUAGUCGCAGCAACUCUUCAAGCUUUCAUCAAAAUGUCUGUGUUCACCUAUGGUGGUGAGGCCCUGACACCGCAACAAAUCAAAUCCUUGACCUGGAUUGAGACCUGGGACUUCCUCUCACACUAAGCACAAUUAAUGCAACUACAUUUGUACAUAAACUAGGAAUAUAUUUAAUUUUACUAAUAUCUUCUUAUUUGAGAUAAUUUUUACUGCCUUUGCUAAUUUUGUUGAAAUUAACUUAUAUUUUAAUAUCUAACUUAUACACUACUAUUUACUUAACUAGAUGAAUCCUGUGAUUGUAAUUUUAUUUCAUUCAGCAAUAUUGUUGUUAAGUAACUUAAGGACCUGUGCUAAUAUAUAGCACUUGCAUUUAUUAUCCACAAAUCCUUUUUUUUUUUCAUAUGAUUCUCAAGCUCAUAAAAUAGUUUAUACAUGUCAUAAUAAUUUUAAAAAUCUCAAUUCACACAUUCCAUUUUUUAGUCCCUAAUGGCAUUUCCUUUACAUAGAUCUUAAUCCAUAAUAAUAUUCAUGUUUUAAAAUGUUUAGCAACAUAAUAAAUUUUGUUUGCAAUUAUAAAACAAUGAUAUUGCAUUUUAGUUGUAAUAUCCACUGAUUUAAAAUAAGUCAAUUCUUUGUUUUAUUUUUUUUAUUCAGUCAGCUUUAAAUUAUGACACAUACUGUUGUUGUUUUCUUGUA